CUCGACCAUCACAUUUCCUGGAGUCCUGUGGUAUGUUAAUGAUUUGCGUGGCCAGUUAUUGUAACGUGUCUAUCUAUGGCCGAGGGUAGCGCUAAGUGGCCGUCGCUCGUCGAAUGGCUGAAAUGAGUACGGUCGACUGAACGGAUCGACUGUUAAACCAGUACUUCUAGUUGUGUGAACUGGUAGUUUUCCGCUGAAUAUGCUGUCGGAGGGCAGUUCGUUCAUGAAGGGCAUGGCCAUGGGGGGCCUUUUUUGCCUGGUGGUGUCGCUCAUUGGCAAUUUCAGCUCAGGGGGUCAGCCCAAUGUGGAGCUGCACCUCCACCACCACCUCAAAGCGCCCAGCAAGGAGGAGCUGCAGAGGCUACCUGAGGCCCACAAGCUGGAGCUGAGCCAGAAGGUGCGCGUAUACUGCCUCAUUAUGGUUCAGCCCAAGGCACUUCUUUACUGGGCCACUGCCAAGGACACCUGGAGUAAACACUGUGACCGAGCCACUUUCUACACUUCCGAAUCAGCAAAGGCACUGGAGGCUAUAGACCUUAAGGAGCAAGACGAGUGGGCCAAGCUGCGGAAGGCCCUGAAGCACGCCUACGACAAUGCCGGCGACCUGCGCUGGUUCUUCGUGGCGCGGCCCACCACCUUCGCCAUCAUCGAGAACCUCAAGUACCUGGUGCUGAACAAGGACCCCGGCGAGCCCUUCUACAUCGGCCACACGCUGAAGUCCGGCGAGCUGGAGUACGUGGAGUACGAGAGCGGCAUCGUGCUCAGCCUGGAGGCCCUGAAGCGCCUGGUGGGCAUCUAUCACGAGGAGGACAAGUGCCCGGAGCACGGGCGCGCCCUGUGGAAGCUGAGCGAGGAGAAGCAGCUGGCCGUGUGCCUGAAGUACACCGGCGUGUUCGCCGAGAACGGGGAGGACUCGCGGGGCAAGGGCCUGUUCAACAGCAAGGGCGUGGGCGCCCUCAUCUCCGCCAGCCUGGCUGGCAACGCGCCGGACGUGGUGGAGGGGUGCUGUUCCGACAUGGCCGUCACCUUCAGCGGAAUGACCCCCAACCAGAUGCACGUCAUGAUGUACGGCGUGUACAGGCUGCGUCCGUACGGGCACGACUUCCGCGACUCCCUGAUCUUCCUGCCCCUGGAGGGUUCGGACAACGACUGAGCCUGCGGCGAGGACCGGUGACGUCGGCGCUCGAGACGGCCGCUGCUGCGUGGGCACUGUUCUACACAAGGUGGUAAAUCAUUUUUUAGACGUUUCAUGUUUUAUGACCAACACUCACAAUGACACGUUCAGACUAGUACAUGUUCAGCCUGCAAAGGGAAAUGACAUUUUAAAUCCAUUAUAAAACUGUGUGGGUGUGGGUGUGUGUGCAAUACCAAAUAUUGACUGUAGUUACCACCUUGUAGGUACAGUUGGAAUCCUCAUAUGACCUGAUUCACAACUGGUGUUGGAAAGACUCGUAUAUACUUACAAUUUAUUUUGUUUAAAUUUUUUUUUCUACUUUACGAUUUCCCAAAAUGUAAUUGUUUCCACUGUAGUGUCACUGGUUUAUGAAGACAUCAGUCACAUGGGGACAAAAAAAUAAGGCAGUUUUGAAAAUGGCCUACCAGGAAGGAAGGUCCCCGCAAAGUACGGAUGAUAAAAGAUAUGCAAAUGAGAAGCAAAUAUUCCAGUGAAAUUUAAUACCAUGUUGCAUAACUGUGAUCGGCACUGUGUACCUUUAUAAAUUAACUUGGUCUUGACUGAAGAUGCAUCUGGUCAGUACAUUGAUCACAGUGGUGCUAAUCAUGAUGGUCUUCUUCUUUUUUUCCUGAGAAAAUGAAGGCUUUCUUUCCAUGUUGAAACAGUACUUGGAUCUGUGAUCUGUAUGAAAUUUUUCUAAAAUGUGAAAUAGGAUGUAUGUUAUUACUUAUGUGAGUAUUCCCAGCUUAACAAGUGCAAUAAGAUAUAUGUCCCUUCCACUGGGAUACAAUUCAGCACCCUUAAAAUGUGGAGCUAUAGUUAUGAGAAAAUAAAUUCUAGUCACAUCCCAUCACAUUAAAAUGUUCUAUAGUUCAACUUCUUUUGUCCUAUUUUUCACCAGCCAUUACAUUUUUACCAGCAUACCAGAAAAGAUACAUUGAAGGUGAUGCUUUGUCAAAAAUCUAAAUGAUGUAAAUUGUACCUGCUUUAAUUGUGCAAAUAUUUUUGAAUGACUUUUCUAUAUUUUUGGGUAAAUGUAGGACCUAAUAAAUUGUUAUGUGGUUAUGUUUUAUGGUGUCCACAUGAUUGCUAAAUGUUAUUUUGAAUCAAUUUUAAUAUUAAAUGGAAGACAAAUA